AUGAGCAUCAAGGACAUGUACCAACAUUCCACCACUAUGGUAAGGUCUGCAGCUGGAGAAACAGACCCCUUUGAAGUCAGAGUUGGCCUCCACCAGGGAGAGGAACUGAACCAGAUAUUAGAGGGUUGGAGAGAGAAGUUAGAGGAUAGAGGACGCAGGAUCAGCAGACUGAAGACGGAAUGCAUGAAAUGCCACUUCGGAGAGGAGGAUGAGCAGGAGGUGGAUUUGGAAAUAGACCUAGAGGUACUCAGAGAGACUGAUAUCUUCACAUACCUAGGGUCUAUGGGAGCAGAGACCUGGGCAACCACCAAGAGAGAAGAGGAGCGCCUGGGUGUGAAGGAAAUGAGAAUGCUGCGAUGGACUCGCGGGGUGACAAUAAGGGACAGAGUGUCUAACCGCCACAUUAGAGGAUCUCUACACGUCACUGAGGUGGCCAGGAAGAUAAAGAGAGGAGACUAG